AUGACCAUACCAAUUAGAAAAGAUGAAGAUGAAGAAAUUUUUUCGUUUAUUUCAAAUGAAUUUCACGAUGAAUUACCUCGUCCUUCACCUCCAAAAAAAUCUGUACAAGAGCUUUUUUCAUUAACGGGGAAAGUUGCAGUCAUCACUGGUGCUUCUAGAGGCAUUGGUUUAGCUAUUGCAGAACAAUUUUCCCAAGCAGGUGCUUCAUUAGCUUUAAUUGAUUAUCUUGAUUGUUCGAAACAACAAUUAGAUUUAAUGAAUGAUGACAAUUUAGUGAAAUCUUAUCAAUGUGAUGUUAGUAAAUCAGAUCAAGUUGAAUCAACAAUAAGUAAAAUUGAACAAGAUUUUGGUACAAUUGAUAUUUUUGUUGCGAAUGCCGGUAUUGUUUGGAAAACUGGUAAUAUCAUAGAUGAAACAAAUGAUAAUUAUAAAGGUUAUGAUCAGUUAAUGGGUGUUAAUUUAAAUGGAGUUUAUUAUUGUGCAAGAUUUGUUGGUCGUAUUUUCCGAAAACAUGGUAAAGGUUCAUUAAUAAUUACAAGUUCAAUGUCUGCUCAUAUUUCAAAUGUACCAAUGAAUUUAACUCCAUAUAACGUUACAAAAGCUGCAGUUAAACAUCUAGCUAAAUCUUUAGCCAUUGAAUGGGCUGGUUUUGCAAGAAUCAAUUCAGUUUCACCUGGAUAUUCAGAUACAGGAUUAAAUGAUCAUUUAUCUAGAAGUUUUAGAGGUAAAAUGUGGUCUUUAAUACCUUUAGGUCGUGAAGCUCAACCUUUCGAAAUUGCAACAGCUUACGUUUACUUAGCUUCAGAUGCAGCAUCAUAUGUAACAGGAACUGAUAUAUUAGUUGAUGGUGGUUAUACAGCUAUUUAG